AUCCUCCCCCAAAUGAUGAUAGUCUUUGUUGGCAACAUUUGAAAUAUUGUUUUUGUAAAAGGUCAUUCAUUGAAACUACAGUUACCUGCAUUCAUCAACGAAACACUAAAACUGAGCGGUGGGAACCGUAAGUCCAACUGACGAUCACAACGACAGCCGAUAAGCAAAAAGCCAGUUGUGAAUUAUAUUGUAUUGCAAACAUUCCUGUGAUCAUUUCUCAAUUGUCCGUCCUGCUAUUCGAAUAGUUCUUACUCUUCAUUAAUACCGWCACAAAGACAAGACAAUCAAAAUGCAGCAAGGAAACUGGGAUGUGACCCAGCUUGAGGAAAUGUCGGGCACUCGACUGUCAUUUCAUUGCUGGCCGUCGUCUCGGUUGGAGGCUACGAGAUGCGUAGCUCCCAUUGGGGCUCUCUACACCCCCAUGAAGAAGCUUCACCCGAGCUGCUGUCCUCCAACGGCUUUGCCCUACGACCCCAUUCGUUGCUCCUCUCCCUCCUGUCGUGCGGUCUUGAAUCCUUACUGCCAGGUCGACUUUCGGACCAAAUUGUGGACGUGUCCCUUUUGUAUGACGCGCAACCACUUCCCUGCCCAUUACGCCGAGAACAUUACCGAAACUAACCUACCAGCCGAACUUAUUCCGCAAUACACCACGUGUGAAUAUGAAUUGCAAACCAUUCCCGACCAGGGGCCACCGUGCUUUCUCUUUGUCUUGGACACGUGUACAAACUCGAAGGAAGAACUCGCCGAACUCGCCGAUUCCCUUACUCAGGCCUUGCAUUUGUUGCCACCCGAUUGCCUUGUAGGAGUCAUUACGUACGGGACAAACAUCAAUGUCUACGAUCUGUCCAGUGACAGCAUCAGCAAGGCGUACAUUUUGAGGGGAAACCGGGAAUAYGGACCAGGCAAAAUCGGAGAGCUUUUGGGCUGCAUUGGAGGGAGACGCAACCAGCAACAUCAAAAACAAGGAGCGCACAUGCCCCCUGGAGGUCAAGGCCAAGAUAUUUUGAAUCGAUUUCUCCGCCCCUUUUCGGAAUGCGCAUACGUAGUGGAAUCCAUCCUCGAUGACAUCCGAAAGUGUCCUUGGCCUGUCCCUACUGACAAGCGUCCUGCUCGCGCCACAGGUUCUGCCCUCAGCGUUGCCGUAUCUCUUUUGCACCUUGCUAUCCCUCGGCGUGGUGCACGCGUGAUGCUCUUUACGGGAGGUCCAUGUACUUCGGGACCGGGAAAUGUUGUAUCUCGUCUGAAGGAAGAAGACAUGAGAUCGCACGCCGACUUGGCUAAAAAGGCCGAACCGCUCUACCAGCCUGCCUGCGACUUCUACGCCAAACUUACCAAUCCAUCGGCCCUUGGAGAUACCAGUGAUAAAAACAAGAAGAAAUCUUCAGCUCCACAAGCCAACUGCGCAUAUCACGUCGUUGACAUUUUCGCGUGUUCGUUGGAUCAAGUUGGUAUGUUGGAGAUGCGUUGUCUUGUGGAGGCAACCGGUGGAACUAUGUUGCUGGGAGAUUCCUUUGGACAGAGUGCCUACCAGGAAACCCUCAAGCGCGUUUUCAACAAGUACCCAGAUGAUGUCCCACAAGAUGGAGGACAGAUGUCCAUGGUCUACGGUGCUACGAUGGAGGUUUUUACGAGUCGGGAGUUCAAGGUCAGUGGUGCUAUCGGUCCCGGAACCUCGCUCAACAAGCACGGGCCAAAUGUUUCCGACCUGGAAGUCGGCAAGGGCGGAACAAGCGCAUGGAAUUUGGGUGGUCUAGGUCCAGAGACUACGAUUGCCAUUUACUUUGACGUUACGAACAAUGGCAACAAUCCCCUUCCGGAUAACAAACGUCGCUACACACAAUUUGUGACCAAGUACCAAACGUCUACCGGAAAAACAAGAAUUCGCGCUACUACACUCUGUGGAACCUGGUAUAAUCCACCAGUUCUCAAAGAUGGAGCUCCAGCCAACUUCGAUGCGCAGAACUCGCCCGUUCGAGCCUCCUUUGAUCAGGAGGCGGCAGCAGUCUUGACGGCACGAUUGGCCGUCCAUCAGACGGAUACGGACGAACUUUCUGAUGUUCUUAGGUGGCUCGAUCGGUCGUUGAUUCGCUUGUGUGCUAAGUUUGCUCAGUACAGGCCCGAUGAUCCAUCCAGUUUUAACCUUACACCAGAAUUCAGCAUGUAUCCACAAUUUAUGUUCCACCUUCGACGAUCGCAAUUCUUGGAUGUGUUCAACUCCAGCCCCGAUGAGGCAUCUAGGCACCGCUACGAUUUGAUCCAACAGAAUACGACCAACUCUUUGAUUAUGAUCCAACCGACUCUUCUUUCGUACGGGUUCAACGGCCCUCCUACUCCUGUCUUGUUGGACUCCGACAGCGUUCGACCGGACACCAUUUUGCUCUUGGACACUUUCUUCCAGGUGGUCGUUUUCCACGGAGAAACGAUCGCCGCAUGGCGUGAAGAAGGUUAUCAAGAGAGGGAAGAGCACGCGGCUUUCCGGCAGCUCUUGGAGGCUCCUCAGGCCGAUGCGGGUCUAAUUAUGGAUUCCCGCACACCCGUUCCGCGAUUCGUGGUCUGUGAUCAGCACAAAUCCGAGGCUCGGUUUUUGAUGGCCCGACUGAAUCCCACCUCUACCCAUAAUUCCGACCUGGAUGGUGGUGGCCAGGGAACUACUGUUUACACAGACGAUGUCUCUCUGCGAGUGUUUAUGGAGCACUGUAAGUAACGUACUCAUCAUUUUGCUGGACUUCAAAAUAUCACCUUGAAAUAUUCGACGACAAUGACCUGACCGGUGUCAAAUUUUAAAACUCACAACCCGUUUCACAUUUUUUUUCGUGGUUUUCUCAGUAACGAAACUUGCGGUUCAACAGUAAACUCUGCUCGAAACAGAACUAACGAUCCAAAAAGAAGCAACCAAGUGGCCUCAGGAGGAAAAGCGACGCGGAUCGUUUUGCCAUUAGCAGUCAAUUCGGGCAGCAGGCGCCUGAUUGCACGUGACAGGGUGGAAUGAAAACACAUGUUAAAAAGAAAAGAUUAAGUAAUAGGAGUUUUAAAGGCAAACGAAUAAAUUUCAUCGUUUCUA